AGCGCUGGCUGAAGAGAAAUGGUGAUAAACAAGAGAGCGAUUUAAACACUCGCUCUCGCGUAGGCAAAGGAGCAGCCGGAAGAAGAAUGACUCUCUUCCAGUGAUUGCUGACUACCGCUGCUGCAUCAAAGCUAUGCGAGGCAAAGUUAUGCGUCCUCAGUAGCGGGGCUGAGAGCCUAUUGCUGCAACAGCAGGGCGAGAACUACUGCAGUGUCCUAGAAAGCGCUGUAGGAGAGUACGCUCUAUGAUUCAUAUUCAGAUGUGCAAAGAAAGGCAGCUUUUUAAUUCCGCUCUUAUUAUUUUGAUGGCAUUCAAAAUCAGAGGGUCUCUGCUCCAUUAUGAUAAAGAAGACUGAGAAUGCAUCCCUCUUCCUUAGUGUUUACCACCUCCCCACUUGCUAGGACCUGGGUCCAGAAUGAACAUAGCAGCAGUGUUUAACGCCUUGCUAGUGUGUGUCGUUGCUGCUGUACUAUGGAAGUAUAUAAAACUGCAUGAUUAUGUCUUUGUGCUGGAAGAGGAGCUAGUCCUCAUGCGCCAGUCUCAGGAAAACUCUCAGGUCAGCAUUGAUUAUCAUGCUGCACUUCAAGCUCUAGUAGAAGAUGGCACCAAAAUGGUGUGCACUGGCAGGAUACAUACUGACCGUAUAUGCCGUUUUGAGUCUCUUUGUUAUUCCACCGAAGCUGAGGAAUUUGUUUUCUUCCAUAGCAGUUCUUCUGUCAUGCUUCCAAACUUGGGCUCCAGAAGAUUUCAACCUGCCCUGCUUGAUCUCUCCUCAGUGGAGGACCAUAAUACCCAAUACUUCAAUUUUGUAGAACUACCUGCUGAGGCUUUGAAGUUUAUGCCAAAGCCUGUUUUUGUUCCUGAUGUAGCACUGAUUAUGAAUAGGUUCAAUCCAGAUAAUUUGAUGCACAUUUUCCAUGAUGAUCUCCUUCCAAUUUUUUAUACAAUGCAGCAGUUCCCAGAUUUGGACUUGGAGACGAGAUUGUUCUUCAUGGAAGGUUGGGGUGAAGGACUACAUUUUGAGCUAUACAAAUUGCUUAGCAGCAAGCAACCACUCCUAAGAGAGCAGCUUAAAACACUUGGGCGGCUCCUGUGCUUCACGAAGUCUUAUGUGGGUCUAUCUAAAAUCACAACCUGGUAUCAAUAUGGUUUUGUUCAGCCCCAGGGGCCAAAAGCCAACAUCCUGGUCUCUGGCAAUGAGAUCCGACAGUUCAAAACAUUCAUGAUGAAGAAGCUAAAUGUGAGCUUGGAAGCAAUACCUGGUGAGGAAUAUAUAAUAGUAUUCAGUCGAACAAUCAAUAGACUAAUCCUAAAUGAGGCAGAGGUAAUUUUGGCACUUGCCCAAGAAUUUCAGAUGAAAACCAUUACCAUUUCCAUAGAAGACCAUACAUUUUCAGAAAUAAUACGCUUGAUUAGCAAUGCAUCCAUGCUUGUCAGUAUGCAUGGAGCUCAACUUGUGAUGUCUCUCUUCCUGCCAAGAGGAGCCACUGUUGUAGAACUCUUCCCUUUUGCUAUAAAUCCUGAACACUAUACACCUUACAAGACAUUAUCUACCCUUCCUGGCAUGGAUCUUCAGUACAUUUCAUGGCAAAACACUGAAGAGGAGAAUACUGUGACUUAUCCAGACAGACCCUGGGAUCAAGGAGGAAUUGCCCAUUUAAACAAAGCAGAACAGGAUCGCAUUAUAAAGAGCAAUGAGGUUUCCCGGCACCUGUGUUGCCACAACCCAGAAUGGCUUUUCCGUAUCUAUCAGGACACCAAAAUUAAUGUUGCUUCCCUUAUCCAGAUGAUCAGGCAAACAGUAAAAACCAAACCAGGACCUAAGAAGAAAAAAUGGACCAAUGGCCUCUAUCCAGGCAAAGUUAGAGAUACUAAAUGCCAAGCCUCUAUCCAAGGUACUAGUGAAGCUAAGCUCUCUGUAUCUUGGCAGAUCCCUUGGAACCUGAAAUACUUGAAGGUCAGAGAAGUAAAGUACGAAGUUUGGAUUCAGGAGCAAGGAGAAAAUACGUACAUUCCUUACAUUUUGUCCCACCAAAACCAUACAUUUUCAGACAACAUUAAGCCAUUCACAAACUAUCUGGUGUGGAUCCGAUGCAUUUUCAACAAAAAUCUCCUUGGGCCCUUUGCAGAUAUGUUAGUUUGCAGCACAUAAUCGUUCUCUAGCUACUAGCUUCAAACAAGGCAAACCCAAUCUUAGUAUCCUAUCAUUUAAGAAGAUGGAUAAGAACUUGCAGACCAUGAUAGUGCCUACGUGCUUACUUUAUUGCAUUCUGAAUGUCUUCUCUGUUCUGUGUAACAUUACAUCCAGUUGAUAGAUAAACUCUCUUAGUUAUUUAAAGAGGCAAAAGGCAUGAAGCUACAAAUCAGAGUGGAAUAAUUGUUUUAUCUUGACUGUUCUAGGAACUUUUCUGUCUCUCUUUUGUGUGAUAAAUCUUUUAAAUCUAGCUUUAUACUGGAAUUUGGUUAUGUCACUGGAUGUAGAAUUUUUAACUUAUUUCUUGUUUGUUUCCUCAAAGGUCUGUAUUUCAGAGCAGAAAUUUGGUGCCAGAAUAUUUAUUAAAUUGUUGAA